CAAAUGGUGUUAUCACAAGAUACAAGAUUGAAUAGGGAUAUGGACAUCGAGUUGAUUCUACAGACCUGAAUUAUAACGAAACACAUUACAAAAUAACAAAUCUAACAGCUUGUGUCUUCCAUGAAAUUACCAUUAUGGCUGAGACUAUAAAAGGUUUUGGAGACAGAAGUACCAGAAAUACAACAAUGGCAGCAGCCCCGGAAGCUCCAGAUGAUGUGGUUGCUGUUAUGGUGCCUAAUAUAUCAGAUCAGCUAAAGGUAACAUGGACACAGCCAAAACCAUAUGGAAAGUGUACCAUCACCAGCAACAAGGUCACGUGGAUAUGGCAGGACUAUGGAGAAAAUAAAGUAAACGAGACAGUCAUAUCAAACACCUCCAAUUAUACCAUCAGCGGCCUAAAACCAUAUACCAAUUACACUGUAUGUGUAGCAGUUAAAACAGAAGGAGGAUAUGGACCUAGUGGAGAGUGCUCUAGUGCUGUCACCGAAGAAGAUGUUCCAGGACCACCAAUUGUAACAGUCACAGAGCCGUCUUUGGAUAGCAUUCAUCUGAUGUGGGAACAUCCCGUUGAACCUCGCGGAGAAUUGUUGUUCUAUAAUUUGAGCUGGAUGAAUACAGCAGAUAUCUCUGAUAGCGGCAACGAGAAAAUACCUGCAAACCAGACAAGCUACACUAUCACUGGGCUUCAGAGCAACUCACAGUAUAACAUUUCACUCAUGGCAAAGACUUCUGCCGGCUGGGGCACGGUUUUGGCAGAAACACAUGAAACCAUUAAACCCACAACCACCACUCCUGAGCCUCUCUGGAUGCUCGUCUUCGCCGUUGCUGCAGUACUAGCAGUAAUGGGAUUGUUGGUCUAUAGACAGAGACGAAUGUUCCCCGGAGAUUCAGGAAUUCUGCCUAAUAUAGAUGAUAUCCAGGAGAGCAGCACGAGCAUUUAUAAAACGAAAAAUUGCUUCCAAAAUGAAAGCUAUAUAUAUGAUGGAGGAGACGUGGAAGAAAUUACUGAAAAUGAAUAUUCUUCAUUUGACGAACAAGGCACAAAAGACGGUACUGAAAAUUAUAUAUCUGAAAGCCCGGAACUAUCAGCAAAUCCCAAAUGUACAGUCUCUCCGAAGACAAUAUUUAACGAGAAUGGAAAGGGCGAGAAGAAACAUACAACCGAAUUUAGUUCAGACGGAAAAUUUGUGGAGGAUAUGCUGCCAUUUCAGAAUAUUGCCAAGAGGACAGAAAACAACUCCGUCCCUGUAAACCACAAAGUAGAAUCAACUGAUAGUAAUCCGGAAAAGCUAUCAAGCAGGGGCGUUUUUACCUGGAACGGUUCGUUAGUGCAAGAUGUUAUAGAGGACACCGACAGCAGAGAAUCCGUACUGGAUUUGAAGAACAUGGGAGAGAUUCACGAAGCGGCAAGGGGAGGACGCGGUGGCGACGUCCUCAGAUCGCUCGAAGAUGGCGAAGACCCCUCUGCUUCUGCCGGCAGCAAUAACACUCCGCUCCAUUAUGCAGCCUACGAAGGACACACCGAUGUUUUAAGAGUAUUGCUGGAUAAAAAAUCUGACCCAAACCUCACGAAUGAUACUGGUGACACCCCACUACAUCUUGCUGCAAUAAAUGGAAAAGUCGGUGUUGUUAAAAUGUUUUCUGAAGAGGAAGGUGUUAAUUUAAAUCAACCAAGUGCUACGAAUCAAACACUUCUUGCAUAUGCAAGGUACGGAAGGGAAAAGCCAAUGUUGGAUGUUCUUAGGAACCCUGAGACUGUUUCGCCUGAAGGUAACACGCCGCUCCACUGUGCAUCACUGGCGGGCCAUACGGAAGUUGUUAAGUUGCUGCUAAUGAAAAAAGCAGACGUUAAAAGUGAAACUCCCACCCACCACACACCUUUGCACUAUGCUGCUCUCGCGGGUAAUCCCAUUCUGAUCAAGCAGUUGGUCUCUUAUGGAGCCGAUCCUAAUGCUAAAGACGAACGAAAUAACACACCUCUUCAUUAUGCCGCUCUUUGCGGACACACUUUGGUUGUCGAGAUGCUGGUGGAUGACAGAGCAGACAUACACGUUCGGACAGACAUGGGACUCUCAGUCCUUCACAAGGCUUCCUUCUACGGAAGGCUAUCCACUGUCCAGAAACUUGUUGAACUACAAGAUACUCUUGUCAACACACGUGACAAGGAAAAUUUAAGUGCAGAGGACACUGCUCUCAUCCGCGGUCAUGUUCACACAGCCUGGUGGCUCAACAAGAAUGCAACUGAAACUUCUUUACAAGAUCAAAAACACUUAACGAAUAUUUGUAUGAGCCGGUACAAACAAAGUGGAGACUUCUACCACACUUACUGCAGACAGAAGAACGCCAGCGCGAAAGCUCUAGCCACUGCCAUUGACUUCGGCGUCUGCGACAUGCAUUACCAAGACGAGCAGGGCCGGACGCUGCUCCAUGUGGCCGCGGAGCAGAACGACCGACCCAAAAUCCGGGUUCUGCUGGAGCGCGGCGCCCUGCCCACCGCCCGCACCCACGACGGCAAGACGCCCUCGGACCUCGCCCGGGAGAAAGGCCACUUGCAGGCUGCAAAGACGAUUGCAGACAAGAUCAGAGUUGAAGAAAUGGGCCAUAAAAAGAACAUGCUUUAUACUCACCUUUUGAAUCAAAUAACUGCAUUAGCAAAAGCAAACUUACAAGGAGAUAAUGAGGAACAGGAAGCCCGCCUGGCAGCCGUGAAAGAGGCUUCCUCACUGCUGGCUUCCGGUGCCCCUUUGGAGCCUCCGGGAGGGCACUCCUGCUACCCGCUGCAUCAUGCCAUCACAGCUAACUGCACUUCUCUGCUGCCGCUACUGCUGGCUGCUGGAGCGCCGUUGACGUCGUCUGCUGACAGCUUUGGCCCAGUACAGAUGGCAUGGAUGACCCCGGAUGCCACACCUUGGGUCGGCGUUGUUGUGACAAGGGUUUCUUUGGCGAGAGAAUGUCGGCGUUUGGCCGAUGAAUCAGAGAAGGCUCGAGAACCAAUACAGAAAGAGGAAGCAAAGAAGUUUGCUGUACUUCUCCUUUCACUGUAUUGCGCAUAUUAUUCACUAACAGAUAUUGACCAUGAUAUGCCGUGCUGGAAGACAAUCUUUGGGCGCCUAAAUGAUGAAUUAUCUGAAGGUGAUGAUGACUGGAUGGCAAAACUCUUCCGUGUCAUCAGAAAACAGAAUACAAGAGAUUGUGAAGAUAAAGGAUCGGUAAGUAGCUUCAGUAAUGACACCUACAGUGACUUGCUGGACCAGAUUGCUGAAAGACCGUCAAAGUAUGUUGCAUCUAGUAUACCUCUAGGUAAUUCAGAAAAUAUACAUAUACAAGGGAACACAUUUACUGAAAUCUUAGAAAAAGCAACAAUUCAGUGUUGUGAAAAGGAGUUCCCACUAUUUCUCCAUCUCUUGGUGCAUGUGGGAGGCCAGAAGGUCAAUCAAGAACUUGAGGUGUGUCGGGCAUCGCCCUUGCAUUACGCCGCUCGAAAGAACAACGCUUCUGCAGCCAGGUACCUCGUCAGUCACGGAGCUUCGGUUGAGGCGAAGGAUCGUUUCGGCAACACACCUGCACACUAUGCCUGCAUGUAUGGUCACAAGGAUCUCGGGGACUUCUUGAGGACAUAUAAAGUAAACAUAUAUGGAUUAACAGCAAUGGACAUUCUAGAUGGUUAUAGGAAAUACCUAGAGCUAUAUGAACUAGAUUUAAAAUCUCUAGAAAACAUAGAUAUGCAAAGAACUAAUACUGGACCUCAAAGAAUAAAAAUUCUUUUGAAGGAGUUCAAGAAAAAAUGGCAGUUAUAUGGCAUAGGUAAAACAAUAGCUAAAGUCCAUAUCAACUAUUCAAGGGGAGAAUCUCAAGAAAUAGAAACAGCUGUGUUAAAUUUUGUAGACAGUCUCAAAAACUCAGUUGCAAUGAAAAAUCCUAUGUUCAGUGGGGAAGUAGUAAUGCUAGGAAGUUCGGCAGACAAUGUGAGGCUCUUCUGCCCUGAUGAGUUUGACUGUAAUAUUGUAUUAAAUAGCUUUAAUGAAGGUCUGCAAGUGUCACUGGAAGAAAUGGGACCUAAUUAUAGUGGCUGUAGGACAAAAAUUAAUGUAUCAUCAAACGACAAGAACAUUAUCAGCCUUCUUAAAGGAAAUAGAUUCUUGCAUACAUUUUAUGAUCUGGUUAAGGAGUGCAUUUCAGAUAUUGACCCUGAAGAUAAAAGGAUGACAAUUAUUCCACCUGGAGUGAAAAGGACCAAAGUUGGAGUGGGACUUAGCCUUGCCUGGACGGGUAGGGAGUAUCCUUUACUACUGGUAGAUGUGGAUAUCGUACCCACUAUGGAAGCUCCCUGGCCAGCAGAUCUGCCGAGGCCACCUCUUACGCCGCCUCACCUGAAGUCAGUAUACAUCAACAGCAUUGGCAACGGCGAGUGGAGGUUCUCCUUCGCAAAGGCAGAGAAUGAAAUCAUGAAGAAUCUGACUCCUGAUCAGAGGCUAGUGUUUCUGGCUUGUAAGAUGGUUCUUAGUUCCCUCAAAGUGGAAAAGUGGGCAUCAAGAGAUAUUCAGAACAGAUUUAAAUAUUUUGAUAAAAUUUUCUUCAAAAUUUCUUCACCAAAAAGUUUUAUCCUAAAAAACACAUUUUUCUUGGAACUACAAGAUUUCAAAGACCAGAGAUACUACUGGACAGACCACUUAGAGAAAAGGAUAAGAUCAGUUUUUGAACGCAUGUGUGAAAAAGAUAUCAAAGGACCAGUGAAAAUAGAAGCUUACUUUGCAGGCGGGACAGAACCUUCAUCCCUAGGAUACGGGGCACCAGAUAUUGUUUCAUUUUUCACUCCUAAACCCGGCUUUCACGGAGUAAGUGAAUACUAG